AUGGAAGUAGUCGACGAGGCGCGUAGCUUCGUGCAAGCCAAACUCCAUGACCGGAUCGGCACCAUCCGUGCCAGAAACCGGAGGUUGAAGCAGCUGGAGGAAGGGGAGCAGCGACCUCCAGAUCCUCCAGUCAAGGCGAAGCAGGACUUGAGAACAAAACAGCGGCGCUUGUCUAGCCCAGCGCGGCUACAGGCCGCAUGCCCAACAGAGCUGGCAGGCAGCAGAGCUCGCAGUAAAGACGGCCCAGGCCUAGCCCACGGACGGCGCAGACCUUCAGGACGACCAGUGCUUGCAUUUUCCUUCAAGACGCAGCGGCCCCCGAAGCCGGCUCUGGAGCAAGAUGGCUCCGUCAGCAGCACCUUCCGCUUGAGCCUGCCGCUGCCCAAAAACACUAAGCCGCAGCUGAAUUUCAGGCUUGAGAGCCGUGCUGCUUGGAGACCUUCAUCGUUGUCAGCACGCCAGACAUCCAAAGACUCUUCAACCAACUGGAAGCAGCCACUUGAGGUGCUGGCCAUGCACCGGAAGGAUACCUGGGGCCAGACAGGUUUUGCAGGACUUCUGGGCAGUGAAUCCCUGGAUCUUGAAGCAAACCGGGAAGAUUCGAACCCUGAUGACCCAGCUUAUGCAGCCUCAAAUUUGCCAGCAGAAGGCGAUGAUGGCAGCUUUGAUCUGCUGGAUGCCACGGAGGAAUCAAGGCCGUUUAUGCAGGGACCAUAUUCUCCAAAGGCAUCAAGUGCUGAUGAGGAUCCGCUUGAGGAAGUUCGCCGUCUGUCCUCCACGCAGCAUGCUAAAUGGCGGUCCAGCUUCAAUCGUUUCCGGAAUGAUGGUGAAAUCCAUUUUGACGACUUGUCGAGGGCACUGGCACAUUGUGGAUUCCGAGAUCGGCGACCUAGACUCAUCGAAGACACAUGUAAGCAGGUCACACAAUUUGCCACGCUGGACAGGGAGGAAUUCACCAGCUUUGUGCGUCUGUACGAGUCCGAACUCUUGAAUCUCUACCGCGCGGAAUUUGCCAAGUAUGAGGACUCAGGCAAUAUUGCGGUAGAAAGCUUGGAGCCGCUGCUGAAGCAGCUCGGACUGGAGCCACGUCAUGCAGUGCUGGAAGAGCUCCUGCUUGAAAUCUGUGGCUGCAGGCCGCAGCGCUUGAGCUUCCAAGACGUUGGAGCGAUGAUGGAACUGCUUCGAGAGCGUGAAGGUUUUCUGCUCACAGAGCUGGAGAGGUUUCGAAAAGUGUUCCAAGACUUUGACAGCGAUGAGUCUGGAGAUAUGUCCACUGGUGAGCUCGUCAGCGCGAUGGGUUGGUUGGGCUUUCCGACCGGUAAAGAAUUUCUGCUCAGCCUAUACCAGCAGAGCGACAUCAACGGUAAUGGGGUGUUGAGUUUCUCCGAGUUCGUGAUGUGCUUGCGCCACAUCCAGGAUCGGGAACUUGUUUCCAUCCGUCACUUCCUUGCCCUCAUGACGAAGGACGGCAAAGUCUCGACGCUGUCUGAGUUGGAGGCCAUGCUGCAUGGCUUGGGAUACUUCACAUCUGCAGCUGCAAUCACUGAUGCCCUGCAAGAAGCGGGCCUCUGCAGCAAAGCGGACGUUGCCAUUCUCCGCCUUUCGGAGGACUGGCGAGGCAUGCAGCUGGAUGUGGAUGAAGUCUGCACACUUCUGCAGAGCCUGCGGAGUAGAGCAGGUUUCACGGAUGCGCAAAUGGACGAGCUUCGGAAAGGCUUUUGGCUAAGCGUGAUGAAAGAUGAAGACAAGAUUUCUACAGGUGGCCGGCUACACAAGACCUUGCGCUGGCUCGGCCAUUGUCUCACCUUCGAGCGAGUGCAGCAGCUGAUCUACGAGGUGGAUCCCGAGGGCAGUCAGCGCUUGGACUUCACAACGUUUGUGAAGCUGGUUCGAAAGUGCCGGGACUUCGAGCGCCGUGCAGCUGUAGCUGCUUUCCAAGAUGCUGAUGUAAGGAGUCUUGGGCAUCUGGACAAGCAGUCCACAGCUUCUGCGCUGGAGCAGCUGGGCUUCGAUGGGUGCAAAUUGCCAGAGCAGCCACGGGUGGCUGGCAUGGACCUCAAUGAAUUUCUGCUUUCGGUGGCCCGCCUACAGAAGGAGAGGCUGCGUUUCGUUCGCACGUACUGCGACUUCUCGCCGGCUGAACUUGGAAGGUUGAGGUCAGAAUUCGAUCGGGUUGACAAAGACAGCUCUGGUGAGCUUAAAAGGCAUGAGCUCCCGCGACUGGUGGAGGUGCUAUUUCCGGACUACGCGCACUCGCUGCAAUUCCGUCCAAUUCUUGUCCGGCUUCUGAAAGAGGUGAAGCUUGAUGAGACGCAGGCCAUCACUUACAUGGACUUCUUGCAGCUGGUCCGCACGAUCCGGGAGGAAACGGAGGAGCACCGGUGUCUCGUUUAUGCUGAGACGGUUCGCCGUCUUGAAUUCAGUUUUCGUGAAGCUUCUGAAUUCCUGGCCGUUUUUCUGUCAGCUUCGGAGGAAGCGCGGCGAAAGCUGACAAGUGAU